GGCCGCGGCGGGUGACGGGCGGGGAGGGACGGGAGGCACCCCCGCGCUCCGGCGCGCGCCCCGUGCCCGCUCCUGCCCCGGGGGAAUCAUCCCGGUGCGGGGCCGUGUCCCGCUCGUCCCACAGCACCUGCUUUCUUUCCCUGCUUCUCCUCCUUUGUCUCGGCCGAAACCCUGCAGGGAGGCAGUGAGGAAACAUCGUAGCCCGAUGUCUGUCCCUCCUGCCUGCCAGCUAAUCCUCGGUCUGGAGGAUAGGCGAGGCGUGUCCUGCCGUGGGAAAAGUUUGCAUGCCAGCUCUGAAUAGACUUUUCAUGAGACCAUGAAAAGGUUGGAAGAGUCUUUGCAUGAUCCUGUACACACAAUGAUUCAGGAGUCUUCAAGAAAUCCUGGCCCAACUUCUGCAGCCCUUUGAGUAUCUCUAUACUGUAUUAGUUCUUACUACAUAUUCCAGAACCCUUCCAUUGGAAGAGUGGGUGUUGUGACAGCUAUUUCUACAAAUGCUUUAAUGGAGCAGUUGUGUUUAAAAUACCAGCAAAGGCCAUGGACUGAAACACUGAGACUUGUUUAUUUUUGCAUGGAUAACCCACUGCGAAGGCCUGUCAGCCAUGCUCCAGACAGUCCAUUGCUUUCUUGCAUGGAGAAGAUAGAGAGGACAUUACAUGCUAAAUCCAUGUUUUCUGUGAUGAAUGCAUUGGAAUCUUUAUCCAGACAAAAAGGACUUAAUGUUCAUGUUAGUCCCAGUGGGACUGCCUGCUACAUAACAUCAAUGAUGUUUUAUUUAGAAGUUCAGCUGGAGAAGGAUGGAAAUCUGAUGGACGUAAAGUUGGCUCACUUUGGAGAAGCUCCUGUGGUUUGUGAUGACUUGGUGCAGCUUCUAAGGAUGAAGAACUAUGAUGCCUUUGGAAAGAUUUUAGAAGACCUGUCAAAUAUGUAUCAAAUUCCAGGAAACAGUGAAAUGAAAGCUAAGGGAUAUCUUGCUUUGCAGGCCCUUGAAAAAGACCUUUAUUCAAUGUCUCUUCUGGACAGAACACAGGAUGUAAACAGAGUUACUGAAAUACUUCAUGGGAAAGUAGGACACCUGGUGCCAAGAACCAGAGGAACUCCUAUGAACAUUGAAUUUUACAUUUCUCCCUAUCAAAUUUUGGAAGCAGAACUAAAUCCUGGUUCCCAGGUUUGUGGAACAAAAACAGUUGUAACUAUUGAAGGCACUGAUAUGCUCCACAAACUUCCUCUUUCUCCACUGAUUGUAGAUCCUCAAUCUGGAGAGGACAGCAACCCUGCUUUUUUGCAACUGACUGAUGAACUCAGCAUGGAUUUGCCAGCUCUUUUUGUGCUGAAGUUUCAUCAGCCUGUUCCUAUGUCCUCAUCCAGUAUUGAAGAUAUACACAGGCUCACAGGAAUUCAGAUUUCUGGCUUGAAACUAGCUCCGCUGUAUGAGCUAAUUGUUUGGUCUGCUCUAAAAGACAAAUGCAGUGAAGACUUGUCUACAAAUGAAUCUUGUUUCUUUGUGUCUCUUCCAGAUUGCCCAAAGCACUGCUACUUCAUAAACAAAGGCUCAGAAAAAUCAGAUUUAGCAGGAGCCUUGGUCAGAAAAAUCCCAUUUAGCCAUCCAAACUGUGUGCCUGGUGUAAUAGAGAUUCUUCGACAUCAAGUGGCAUAUAACACUCUUAUUAGCAGCUGUGUCUCUGACAAGCAUAUAAAUGAAGAUGAUUCAGAACUGCUUUACUUUGAAGUGGUACCACACAGGAACACCAGCUUUUGUGUCUUUUUCCUUCAUCCUGUGAAAGAGAAUUUAGCCUGUGUGAUGAUUGAUGUUAUAACCUCCAGAGAAGUCCACUGUCACCUUCACUUAAAUCCUCAAGAUCCAGCUCUAGGUUGUAGUGAUGAUUUCAUAGCAAGAGCUGUGAAGAGACGCUGCUCCUUGCGGAGGAGGGAACCGAGGGCCCUGGGACACAACGGGCUGGAGUCCCGCGGGCGCACCCCGCCGUCCCCACAUCCCGCCCAGACCUCGGCGGAACUCACAGGCCUCGGCCAGGCCCCGACCCGCCAUUUCACGGCCGAGCAGGUGCCCAGCUCCCCAGAAGCGGCCGCGCUGCGAGGAGCCUUCCUUCUCCCCCGCCCGGCGGCAGAUGCAGCCCUCCCUUCGCCUCGCCUCUCCGCGCCGCUCACGCAGGCCCCGCCGGCCGCAUGGCCGCUCACCUCAGUCCCUCACCGCGGCCGCCAGGGCACCUCGCCCCCUCUCUGCUCAUCUUUACUGAGGGCCAACGAGCGCCGCUGCCGCCGGAAGCAGUCGGGCAGCGGCAACCAUGUUGGACAGGGGCCAGCUCCGCGGAGCCCGCAGGAGAACAGCCGUCAUCUUGGCCAGCAGUGCUCUGACGUCAGAGCCCAAGCAGACACUAGCGGCGCCAUGUUUAGUGAGGGCGCAGCCCCCUCCCGGAGGCGGGACAGGGCGGCUCGCUGGGCGCGCCCGGGUUUGGUCGCUGCGGGAUCUGAGUGCCGGAGGGGAGGAGAGCCUGCCGCUUCCGUGAUGUCCCCUCCAGCUCUCAGGAGAGAGCGGAGUGUGACUGCCCCCGGCGUCCCACAGCGCCGUGAGACCAGCCCCGGAGGGAUCGCGUUCCCCAGGGCACGGAGGUUUCGUCUUCUUCAGUCAUAAGCGGUGGAAUUUUUAAAAAAAUCUGCCUUGGCUUCAGAAUUCUCAAGGACUUUAUGUGAGGCGUACCCUUACGCUAUUCUCUGUAAGAUCUAGGUACUACAAUGAUAAAUCUUUUUAAUAUGAAAGGCGCCAGCACGAGUGAAGUGUUGCAUUGUUCACUUGGACUAGAGAAAACAUCCCGUUAACGUAAAUACAGCAGAAUAAAUAAACACAUCAUAA